AUGCCAUCAAUGAUCAAGACAUGCGAAGAUGAGAAUAACAAUGAUUUUGAUUUUGAAGAAUUUGACGAGGAUAACGGUCGUGGAAAUCCGAACAUCAUAGACGGUGCUAAUCAAGAAGACAAUUUCGAAGCACAAGAGAAGGGUAUGGCAUUAAAACGUUAUUUAUCGAAGAAAUUUGGUGGACAUAAAGUUCGUUUAACAAAUAUUCUAACAUCAGUACAUUUACGUCGACAAAGGCGGCCACGAGAAUCUUUUUGUCAACAUCGAAUCUAUCAAACCGAUCAAUUGCCGCCAAAAGUUGAUCUUCGACCAGAUAUGACGCCUGUCGAUCAUCAAUUCCAUCUCGGUUGUAGUGUUGCAGCUUGUCUUGCUGGAGCGUAUGAAUAUUUAACAAACAAAGACAAUGAUUCAAGUAUUCACAUAAGUCGAUUAUUUAUAUACUACAACGCUCGCGUCUUGGCCGCUAAUUCGACUUUAAUUUACGAUUCAGGUUGUUCUGUUACCAAUGGUAUCGAAGCACUGGAAGAAUUUGGCGUAUGUCUUGAAUCUCUUUGGCCGUACGAUAUAACAUGUGUCAAUACUCGACCAGAUGACGAAGCUUACGAGCAAGCGGAAAAUCAUAAGAUAAAUGAAGCGUGCCAAAUCGACUUAGAUUUAAACGAGAUGAAAUCUUGUCUCGCCCAAGGCUUUCCAUUUACUUUUGCACUCAAAUUGUACAAUUCAUUUCAUCAGGGAGCAAAAAAAGGAAUUAUCACGACACCAACUACAUCAAAACAUAGUCCAUCGGCAAUCGGCAGUCAAGCGCUAUUAGCUGUUGGCUACAGCGAUCGAUCCAAGGCCUUCAUCGUUCGAAAUUCGUGGGGUUCAAGUUGGGGCCACAAAGGAUACUGUUAUGUUCCUUAUGAGUAUAUGACAGAUCCAAACUUAUGUUUUGAUUUGUGGACAAUUCGACGUAUAUCGAACGAUAGUUUCGGUCGAGAAUAUUGGCAGUUUGAUGACAUUGUCAACUACCUUAAUGAGAGUUCAAUUGAAAACGAAGAGGAAGAAUAUUUAAGUGACAGCGAACAUGAACUGAUGUGGACAGAUUAUCGUAGUCGUAAGAAUGCUUUUCGGUACUCUUGGGAUGAAUACCGAAAGGAUGAAAGAGGAGGAAGUUUUACGGAAAACGACGAUGAUUAUAUUCACCAACGAUACAGACGUGAUCGUUAUGAUCGCGACAACGAAGUGUUUGAUCAACGAUCAGCAGGAUAUAUUAACAAUGGUUUUAUUUCGAAUAAAAGUUAUCCCUCACCGAUCUAUGAUCGUUAUGAAGAUGAAGACAGAUUCUACUAUGAUUCUGCUCACGAUCGCUUCUUUAACAAUCAUCAGAACUUCAUGUUUUAA